CAUACAAGAUUAAUCAACAAUAUCAGUGUAUGGUUAACGAACGAUCCAAGAUGCUGUCAUCAGUGCCAGCUAAAUAAUAAUGUGGUGCGACGUUGGUCAGAGUUGUGCAAUGAUGGGUCUGCAGGCCACGGCAGGUAAACGUAAACUGGAGGGAGGUGUGGGCUGCAUGGAAUUCGACAUGGACAUGGGUGAGAGCCCAUCAAAACUUGGUAGAGUAGAAGGCAGCUGGUGGGCAAUGGAGGAGAGUUACACACCGCAACUUAAUCAAUCGUCAUCAUCGUACUACGAUAUGGAAGUCAAUUCCCAAUGUCUACAAACAAAUCCAUGCCAAGGUACGACAAGUUCACCGCCUGCAGCAACCCAGUUGCAUCAUCCAUCACAGCAUUAUUAUCAUCAGCGUAGCAGUAGCAAUGGUUACAAUCAGUUAUCGAGACCCCAGCCACAGUGGGGUACACCACAUCAUUACGAACCACCAACGAUACGAAGGGAGGAGAAUGGAAAGAGUUAUUUGGAAUUGGGCUCGAGUUACCGUGCUAAUGAGAGAUGCUGCGAGGGCUCAAGAUCAAGCUGGUGUAGACGUGGUAGAGCUUGUUAUAGACAACGUAGACUAGCCGUCCUUAAUAUAUCAAUGUGUAAACUCGCUAGGUAUCGUCAAUUUCCUGAUCCAAGUUUGCAUAGAUCUGUACUGAUAUGCAAUACCCUGAGGCAUCUUGAGAGAGAGAUGGAGAGAGAUAGAAGUCCACCACCUAUGGAGCCUGUUGUGCAAGCACCAAUGGCACAAUUACAACCACCUGAGCAGGGUAGACUUACACCAUUUCCAAUGCCACCAAUGUCGUCUGGUGAAACGGAUGUUGACUCGGGUAUUGGUGACAGCGAUGACAGCCGUUCAAUAAAUUGGGGAAGUGUAUUGUCAUUGUCGAGUCAAUCGCCCCUUGAUCCACUCAACAACAACGAGCUACUUGAUGUUGAUAUUGGCCCUGAAUUAGACUUAGACUUUAUGCCUGGAUGGAAAUUAACACCACUGUCAGCUGAUGAUAUCCUGAGAAGUACAAAUGUAUCGGUAACUGCGUCAACCGCAACGCAGGAUCAUCAUGUCACCUCUUCAAUUAGCACAAAUACAACAACAACAAAUGGUUGUAAUACGAGUAGUAACCACGAAUCAUUGAUGUGCGUUGGUUCAUAG